AUUCACUAUGAUGAAGAAUGGCUUGCAAUAACAAGGAAAUAUACCUCCAUCUUUCCUCUAUCCAGAAACACCACAUGUUUGGGGAAUCCACAGGUUUACAUGCAAGAUCGCGAGUGGAUUAAGAGGAAGCUGAAAACAAGAGGCCCCAAGCCUUUCGAUUUUGUGCAGACUGUCUCUCCCUACGAUCCCAACCAGUCUACAUCUAGUGUUUCCUGUUCUGGGCAACCAAGAAACCCUCAAACAAUAUGCUUAUUGCAGUUUUUAGAACUUCCGUAUCUUCUUGAUGUUCUUGAUGAAACAGAAGAAUCAAGGGAAUCAAAAGAUGAUCGUAUUCCCUUUUAGUUCUGAAUAUUUCAAUGACGAUGAUGAUGCUGAUGAAAUCAAAGACCUUGCCAAAGGUAAUCCUCAAUUCACAGCCGAAUUGAUUGCUGAAGGAAGACUAGGCCAGUAGGCCUUUUUCGUCCUCGAGCCCGCACCGCAACUCCAGUGACUAUUAAUGUCACUAUUUACAGAGACAGCAUAUACCAUACUCUUGAGGCUGCUAUGAACUGGCUUCUGCGAAAGAAGACAGUAUUUGGAACACAAUAUACUGCUGAUCGUGUUUCACAAGCGGCCGAAUAUCUAGCCGAUGGAUGUUGCCUGAUGACAUACAUGAAGCUACGUGCCUUGAUCUUUCUUGAUUUUCCAAACCGUUACAAUUCAAUCAGUCUCAGGAGGCCAAAAUCUUGCACGGACCUCCCCAUCCCUGCUCCGUUUGCAUUUGCGAUCCAACAACUUGGUGCUGUUAACGUCGUUGACAUGCCAGAAGAGUACAGGUACGUACCAGUGUGCCCUGAAUCUAACCAUUGUUUUGGACUUCCUACACCCCGAUACUGGGACCCGAAUGCCUACGGAGAAGCCGUUGAGUAUGCAAGAAAAUUAGGGAUGCAAUUUGCAGCUGUGGAUGUAACCAAGAAAAGGGGAACUGCGUGGUGGCUGCUGCGCCCCGACUAUUCUGAAGAAAGCUUUCAGCUCCAAUGCAGUCUUCCUGAAACCAAUUUCACUGAUUCUAUGGCGCGGACAUACACUCUAUUUAUGCGGAGUGAAUCUGGGAACCCACCCAAGGAAAUCUUCGACCUUGCUCCACUUGGACAAGCUACUUACGGCUCCAUGCUUCGUGAUCCUCACACUGGAAUCAAUGUUAGUUCGUUUGAAGCUGUUGAACUGAUAGCCCCUGAAGACUGAAGCUGUCCUUUAGUGUAACCAAGAGGCAUAUGUGGAGCCCACCGUUCCCAGGGUAUUUAUUCCCUCUUUUAGGACGGUUUCUAAAUUGAACCUGGUCGGGCCGCCCAGCCCAUGUAAUAAAUGAACCAUAAUAAUGUUACGGGCCGGCAGCGGCAGGAGAGAAAAACAGGAAACCUUAUAUUUUUAGGUUUGGUUGAUUUAUUGCCGUCUCUAUAAAAGCCUAACACCUCUUCUCUUCUUCGUGUUUCUCUAAGUGUAAAAACCCUAAUUCCUUCAACAUUGAUGCACAUCUUUCGUCUCCACAAUGUUUAAGGAGAGAUUAGCUGCUGCGGAGAAGGAUGUUCUCGUUUCCAUGGUGAAAAUUGCACAACAACGUCUAAUGGAAGGGUCCAAAGGAGUUUGGCAGGUUUUUCUGAACGAACAUGAACGAAAGAUUGGAGCCGGUAUAAGUGAUCCCAGUAAGAGGUCUGUUGAUGUCUUGGCUUCGUUUCUUGAAACCUUUGCUGAUCCAGAAGCAGAAGCCAAGUUCUUGGAGAAGGUAUUGGAAUGUCAUUCAAAUCGGGAAGCAGUGUUCGAAUUGAUCCAGAAUAGUACUACAGAUCGCGAGAAGCUGGUUCGGUUAUCAUAUGAAAACCCAGAUUACUCAUCGAGCUAUUCGUUCAAAUCUUAUGAAGAGGACUGGGUAGUAACAAGCAUGGGUGACAUGUCUAAAUCCAAUGAAAUUCUUGCUGUUGAUUGUGAGAUGGUUGAGUGCGAAGAUGGAACAGAACCUGUAGUAAAAGUGUGUGUUGUAGAUGAAAAUUUAAAGGUUAAACUGAAUAAACUGGUGAACCCUAAUAAACCUGUCAAGGAUUAUAGAACUGAGAUUACUGGAAUCACUGCAGAGGAUUUGGAAGGAGUUACAUGUUCGUUAGCUGAUGUUCAGAAAUCGCUGGAAAAGCUCUUGUCCGAUGGAACUAUAUUGGUUGGUCACAGCUUGGAUUGUGAUUUGAAAGCAUUGAAACUGGAUCAUGGACGGGUUAUUGACACAUCACUAGUCUUCAGACGUGCAGAUGGCAAGAGAACUUCAUUAAGUGAUCUGUGCAAGGUUGUCCUCAAACGUGACGUUAGGGAAGAGGGUGCUCAACAUAAUUGUCUGGAUGAUGCAGGUGCUGCAAUGAAACUAGUGAAGAAUGUGCUGGAAAAAGGAUAUGAUGAAGCCAUGAAGGUAUUUCGUGAUUAUCUGUCAAAGCAGCUUUUUCUUUACAGGAUACCAGUUGAUUUAUCUGAGGAUGAAUUGCGUGCAAUAGUACCAAUGGACUCUGCUGUUGUACUUAAACUGAGAUACCAACAGAGAGCAAAGACAUAUUCUGCUACUGCCUUUUUCAAAGAUCAAGAUGAGGCAAAUUACACGUUUCAAAGUAUAGAAUGCGAGGAAGCAAAGGAUACAAAUGGUCUGCAACAGAAACUUAUCUUAGAUCAACCUAAGAAUGAGAAGUGUGCUAGUGGCUGUAUUCAUGUUCGUAAAAUGGUUAGAGAUGAUGACAGUCCUGUGCCAGAUUCUUCUUUAAGAAAGAGACAGAUUAAAGAAAGCUGUAGAACCCAGCAACGAAGAGCUGCAGAAUAAUUCAGAUUGCCUGAAACGCGGAAAAAUAAUUCAGUUACUGCAAGAACAACUCCAAUACUGCAAAAAUAACUCCAAGUACUGAAACCACAUCUAGUCUAACAAGGCCAGGUUGACUUUGUCACUUUGAUGCACCUUUUUUCUUUAUCCUGUCUAUUUAUUUGUUUCAGUUAAUGCGUCACACAUGAAAUGAUAUAACUUUUUAUCUU